CGAGAGGACGCCGCUCGCGUAGUGUCUACUGAUGAUAGAAUCCAUCUGCUACUGUAGUGAUUGUGCGAUGUCGGGAUUGUCCCAGUUCUAACAACUACUUUGUCUCGUCUAAUAAGUUUUCUCACAACCUAACCGCCUAUGAACGAACCCCUUGAGUGUACCUAGUUGUCCGGCUUCUUCCAACCCACCUAGGGUGCUGCUGAGUGGAGGCUCAGCCCACGCCGUGGGUUUCCUCGGAAUACACCACCUAGGUUAAUCGAGCUUAACCGCUGGACUUGUCAGCCGAAUAUUCCCUGCAGGUCAACCGACCGCUAGCGACAAUCUUCAUUCCUGCUUGAGGUCCCGGAUCUACGACUUUCCUCACGUCUCUCAUGCCCCCUCUCGGGGCACCGGUGGGAGGACAAGGGUCUCCUGUCCCUGGGGCCGGGCCUGGAUGUCCACCGAUGACAGCUCCACGGGAAAACUCAUCAGAAAACGAAAAUGUAGCCUCGAGGUCACAUACGGGCUCGCCAGAUCCGGUCUCUAGCUUAUCUACUCAACCUAAGCAAGAAGUGCCGAGGUUCCAAAGCCCGCCGGUAUCUAUGCCUCGAGGUUCGGGCCUGAAACAAGACCCAAUUCGGUUAGAAGAUGCUCCUACGGCUCUCUAUUCACCCUCCGGAUCACAUCGGUCCAUGGGUUUCCCAUGGGGCCGACUCCAACGUUCCAGCACGGACUCUCGUUCGAAUCUCCUAAACGCCUCAAGUACACAACCCGCGUGGAGAGACCCGCCGCCUUACUCGGCCGCGAUACCUAAGCCCCGAAAGUGGUGGCAUUGGCCCCGGGCGUGGUUCAUGUACCUGUCCUUCCUCUUCGGAGUGAUAUGCGCAAUUGGCCACCAUACAUUCUACAAAACCUUGGAUGGGCAACCUGCCGAGGACCAACUCUCUAUGCUUCGCUACGGCUCGAUGCUGUCGCUUGCAACUAAAGCUUCGCUAGUAUCAGCCGUGGUUAUGGCGUUUAAACGACGGAUGUGGUCCACCGUAAGAAGCAAAUUCCUCAGCGUGGCGGCUCUCGACUCCCUGUUCGCCGCGACCGAAGACUUGUCAGCUAUGCUGAACCUCGAGAUAUACCAGGAGGCCAAGAUCGCGAUGUUGUUGGCGGUAUUCGUUUGGAUAACGCCCGUUAUUAUGGUCUUGACGAGCAAUACCUUGACCGUGGAACCGACUUUACAGGUUGAUAACACGACGUGCUUAGGUAUCCGAACCUUGAACUUUGCGCGAGAGGAAUUUGAGGAAUGGAGAGCUCCCACCAAGAUCGACGGUUUGAACGGACUGUCUAUAUCGCUCUGGAACACAACAGCCUACGACACCACUUCUCCUAAUUGGUUUGACUACUAUACCGGAGCUACCAACUCUCUCAUUCGAGUUAUGACCCAGGCGGCCUUUAAGGGGCAGGCGGUCAGCAAGAUGGGGAUCAAUGUUGACAUCUGCGGAACCGGCUGGAACUGUACCUACACGGUCAAUUUCACGGCACCUGCGUAUAAGUGCCUGGAGGUCGCGAGUGGUGUUAGCUCCGGGAUCCUGGCCCUCGGUGAACAAACCCCCCCUCAGGGGUUCAGCACCAGACUUCUAGUUCCCGAGGGCGAUUACAGCUAUUACGCCUACAGUGGAGGCGGUGAGUACUCUCCUAUACAGAUGAAAGAGAUGAUGGACGGAGGAAUUCCCGUGGCUGACCCUCCGUUUCCCGAGGCUUUGGGAUCGUUUCGUACGGAACCGGUCCUAUGGGUGGGCUUUUCCGUGAGAACGGAGCCAGAUAAAGCAAUCCCCGCCAACAGGUCGAUGCCCGGCUGGAACGACGCCUUUAUCCCCAAAGUCGUGGCCUGCGAGCAUUACGAGACCGACUACACCGUUAUGUUUAACUUGACGGGAGGCCAACAGUAUAUAAACGUAACCGAACGGAAAUUCCUGAACCGCGUGAUGGAGACAACUUGGAUUCAGGGAGAAGAUGCGAAUGACGGCACAAACGACAAUACGACAGCGUAUCCUCGCAGCCAGUACAUCUACCCAAGAGACGUUCGUCGAUAUCGGCGGGUUGCGGCGUACCACUCGAUGGGGUUGCAGCUGCGGAACUUCCUGAACGGGACGAUCAACUCGAAGAAUCUGGGCACGCCGAUUGCCAGCACCAAGGCUGACCAAACUAAACUGCUGGAUCAGAGACAAAACUACUUUGCGCUCCCGAACAUGGCGGAGUUGAUACCACAGUUCUACGAGGACAUGAUAUUUUCACUAUUUUCCGACCAGCAAUUCGUCAGCGUCGUUUGGGCGGCGAGCCCGAACGUGAGCUCGGGGACGGUCCCAGGCGACGAGUCGACGGCGUAUCCCUGCGUGCGGUCUAGGAUCGAGAAUAGGUACAGGUACCACGAACGUGAUCUGUGGAUCGUAUAUAGCAUUUCUAUCGUGCUCGCGGCAGCCGGAGUACUCUCGGGCACUGUGGCGAUGUUGGAUAACGAGGGCGUCCUGCGCAGCACGCGGUUUUCGAGCAUCGUCACGGCGACCCGAGGCCUGGCGUUGGAGAAGCUAGGAUGGGUCGCAGACGAUCAUGGUGAGCUGCCGCAGGAUUUCAAGGAUAUCAAGGUUGGCUACGGAAUCAUCCACGCGACAAACGGGUGCCACGCAGUCCACGAGGAUACUGGGUACCCAGGACGGCCAGCCGGGGAUGCUGGAGAGGUGCGUUACGGCUUUGGCCUGGAGGGCGACGUGCGGCAGCUUAAGAGAGCGAGCACCUUGCUUGGGUAGGCGACUUAAAAUCCUCGCUAGCGGAACGAGAUCUGAUGACGCGGCGCCAGCUGGCCGUAUCCAUGGGGGUCGUUGUUUUCCGGCGGCAAGGUGGGAGCAACUGGAUCAAGCUUGUGCUUGCUAUUAUGUGGUGAGAUGUCUUGGGGUUCGAUAGGAAUCUUAUCGUCAUAACGCGUGGUGGACCGCUUUGAUCUUCGAGACACGACAUAAUACCGAGGAGGCACUUAUCCAGCUCCGAAUCCAUGCACAUCUAUGUACGUACGAGGUGGAGGCAGGUAUUAAAUGGCGAGCAAGGAAAAGGUCCAUGGUAUGGCCUAGGUGCCUACCUUAGGUACCUGAUGUACCUAAUAUAGGUAGGCCGGUAUACCCAGGUAUAGGUACCUAGAUUGGGAGAAAGAGAGGGGUAAUGC